AGAGCUGAGCUGGAGACGCUCUGGGCACAGGAAGCUUUGGAGAGCAGGGAGGUGAAUAACUGUGAUAGGACUGCGUGUUCUGCACCGGAGGAGUGCCGGAUCGCACAUCCCAUCGUUAAAUGCACCUACUGCAGGACUGAAUUCCAGCAGGAGAGCAAAACCAACACAAUAUGCAAGAAGUGUGCUCAGAACGUGAAGCUCUAUGGCACACCAAAACCUUGCCAGUACUGCAACAUCAUCGCAGCGUUCAUUGGCAACAAGUGUCAGCGCUGCACAAACUCAGAGAAGAAGUAUGGACCUCCCCACUCCUGUGAGCAGUGCAAGCAGCAGUGUGCCUUCGACAGGAAGGAUGACAGAAAGAAGGUGGAUGGAAAGCUGCUCUGCUGGUUAUGCACACUGUCCUACAAACGGGUCCUACAGAAGACCAAAGAGCAGUGCAAGCACCUGAGCAGCUCCUCCCGAGCCAGCCUGCAAGAGAAGGAGCAGUACAGCAGGCUGAGCAGCGGCAGCCAUUACAACAGCCAGAAAACCUUAUCCACCUCUUCUAUUCAGAAUGAAAUCCCAAAGAAGAAAGCCAAGUUUGAUGCCAUAUCUGCCAAUGGUGACAGUUUCUCCCCGGACCUCGCCCUGGACUCUCCUGGCACCGACCACUUCGUUAUCAUUGCCCAGCUGAAGGAGGAGGUGGCCACCUUGAAGAAGAUGCUGCACCAGAAAGAUCAGAUGAUUUUGGAGAAGGAGAAGAAGAUCACGGAGCUGAAGGCUGACUUGCAGUACCAGGAGUCACAGAUGAGAGCAAAGAUGAACCAAAUGGAGAAGACUCACAAGGAGGUCAUGGAGCAGUUACAGGCCAAGAACAGAGAACUCCUGAAGCAAGCAGCUGCCCUAUCCAAGGGCAAAAAACCUGAGAAGUCGGGAGCAAUAACCUCCCCUUAAAACCAAACCCCCAGUGUGGGAGCUUUCCCCAGCAUUAGCCAAGGAGUCUAGGAGGCCUGCCCGACCGCUGGAAGCCAAAACCUCCGUGCUGUCACUAUCCCACUGCUGUGGACUCGGUGGAAACGCCUGGGCUGUGUUGCCUUUCGACAGCAUGCUUGAGUGUGUCUGGUCUCUGAACUCUGUUCUGUCUCAUGGCGCUCCGUGGGAGAGGUCCCAGCACCCCAAAGCCCCGAAGCUCCGCUGACUGGAAGGACUGAGCAGCUGCUACCACUGCCAACUCUUUGUAUUAGCAAACAGGAACCUGCUGCAUUACAGACUGCUUGCUGGUUUCAGACCUGCUGCUGUGAGGCAAUAGCCAUGGCCAGUCGUCCUGCAGAUGAGGCGGGAGCUGUGAGGUGGGGGCUUCGUUCCUCUGGACUGUUCCCUCUCGGAAAGGAAGCCGAUGCAUCACCAGCCCAGCAGCUGUUCUGGAAAGCUGCGCCACUGCUGGGAACGGUUCGUCCAUCCUUUGAGAAGGCUUCCAAGAUGGGGGCUGUGUAUUUAUCUGGGAGGGUUGGGGGGGGGGGGUUGUGUGUUUUUUCUUUUUUUUUUCCCCCCCCUCUUUUAUUUUUCCGACGUCAGCUUGACAAACUUCACCGCUUGGUUUCGGUUUUGGUGACGACAGCUUUUGGGUUAUGAGCCAGAGGGGAGCAGUGCCUCCCCAGAGCCGCUUCGUCCCCCUGCGCCCCGCUCACUUGGUGGCCUCUGGGCCUCGGUGUGACGGAGCAUCGACUCCAUCUCUUUACAUCAGCACGAUUCGAGGCUUGGCCGCGUCCUGCUCUCCCUCAGACCCGGCACUGGGUUCGCCCUGCCCCUCCGCUCCCUUCCAGAUGCAGGGGCCAGGAAAAGUGCUUACAGAGGCAGCGUCCCAAGCCAGCAAGCGUUGCUCGGGGCUCCGCGGGGACGUUUCUCACUGCCAACUCAAAGCCAGCAGGAUGAAAGAGCUUCGAAAGCUCCCCGUGCUCCUCAGCAACGGGACGAGAGGAGCCCGCAGCCCCUUCUGCUGAGCCUGGGGGGGGCGGGCGCUGCCCGGGCGCCUCGGGGGGGCACAGAAGCGCCUGGCGCUGGGAGGAAGCGGCGUUUUGCUCCGUGCUGAAGAAGCGGCUCGGGGCGGAGGGGGGGAUGAGCGCUUAGUGUGGAGCAGCGCCGAGGGUCGGUAGUGAAAAGGAGAAGCUGCCCUCCGAGGCGGGGCUGCUCGCUCUGCUGGGCUUUUUAUCCAGCUUUUAACU